AUGUUCUCUAAAAUUCUAAUCAUCGUCUUAUUCCUGUCCGACAUCAAUGGUCAACAUCACUUGGCGGAGGAGAAAACCGUGUGCGACCUUUCGGACAUUCUCUAUAGUGCCCUGGAAGAUCUGAGCGCCGCGCCGGAGCAGCAGGAUUCACUAACGGAAUCGUGUUGGGCGGUAUUGUCAGAUGUGAUUGGAAACGACGAGAAGCUUGGAAGAAUCCGUGAGGCGCAGAAACAACAGGACUUCGAGAUGAUAAGGGACGAGUACCGAAAAAUGAAAGAGCGUGAAAGUGGCACCAACAGUCUGGCACACGUGAUGAAGGAUAUAUGUUUCCAGUUAUGGAAUAUCCCCGCCAUUGAACUACCCAUCAAAAAUGACACUCAAUUGCUUAAAAUGCUUGGCUCUGUAAAUUUGACGGAAUACCCAUUGGAACAACUGAAAGACGACGAAGACUGGGACAAUUUCAAAAGAGAAACAUUUUUCCAAAUGCUUCUAAGGGACAGUUCGAAGGGGUGUGAGAACACAAAAUUCACGAGGAAAUGCUCUAGCAUUUUUAAUAAAAACGAUGCAGAAGUCUUAGAUGAAAACGCAACGCCUUAUAUCCGAGGCUUGACAAACGUGAUGAGGCAACUAUGCGAGGACAUUAAGAGUUUUGAAAAAAAGAAGACGAAGCCGGCGGGAGGAUUCGCGAGGGAAGUGGGGAAAACGUUCCGAUGGAUGACGGGCUCACUCAAACCUGGAGCGCUGUGGAUGUUACAUAAAAAAAGGUUAUUCGACGUUGCGUGGUUUGCCGCAAGAUCAUUUCAACACCUUUCCAAUGAAGGCAGGCGCUACAGCCAAAUGAUGGCGUUGUGGCAAUUUAAUGAAGUGUGUAAAUCGGCAGAAAAAUAUCUCAUUGGGCCAAAUUAUACAGAGGAUUUGCCAAUAAAGGUCAAAAUUGGUAAAAUUUUGGAAAAAAUAGGAAAAGACGCACUUCAAGCAUUUGGAGUAACCGUUGAAGAGGGAAAUAAAAUGGUGCAAAUGUGCCGACGGAUGCAGGAGAUUUAUAGAAGGCAUAUGGUCCCAGUAGUGGAAGAAACGGAAAUGGUCGAUAUCGAAUUGAUGGGAAUUUUUGAAGAGGUGUUCGACCGCGAGAGAGCAUUGUUGUAUCCGAUCACGCUCGAGCAAAGAAUCAAGAUGCUUGAUGAAUUUGGAAACGCGAAAAUAGAUGAACCAAGAAUCAGCGCGGCAUUAGAGAAACUAGUGAACUAUUGCAACAAAACGAUCAUGGAAGAGAUCACAUCAAAAGACAUUGAUGUGAGAGCCGCACAGCGAUACUGGGACUAUUCCCUACCGAAUAAGAACUACCCAAACAAACGUCAAUGUGUUCCUGCAAAAUAUCAUCAAAAACUUGUGGUGACCUUUGAUCAGACAAACAAAAAUGUUCAAGGAAUAGAGCCUUUGUGCCACCUCGCGAUUGAUGUGGACUGCCGAAAAAAACACAAAAAUAAAUCUAUCGAAAAAGCUCAUGACUCAAGGGCGUUCUACUCGAAAUUGCUCCGAAAUAUUAAUUUCUUCGAUGACUAUUAUUAA